AUGUUUUCAACUAACCAAACCAGAGUGACUUAUUUCAUUAUUAAAGGGAUAUCUGAUGUCCCUCAGCUUCAACUUCCGAUCUUUCUUUUAGUUUUACUGAUUUAUCUCACCACACUUGGCGCUAAUACGGCCAUUUUUCUUCUUGUCUGCUUGGAUCCACAACUGCACACGCCUAUGUAUUUUUUCUUGGGGAAUUUAUCCAUUAUGGACAUGUUCUGCUCUACAAUUACUUUACACAAAGCCCUUGUUAUUUUUGUGACGGGAAACAAAACCGUUUCUUUCAACAGCUGCAUAGCACAAUUAUAUAUGUUUUCAUGCUUGGCGUGUGAUGAGCUUUUAAUACUAACGGCCAUGAGUUAUGAUCGCUAUGUCGCCAUAUGUAACCCUCUGCAUUAUCCAAUGGUUAUGAAUCCCAAAGUCUGUGCUCUCUUAGCGUUCAUAUGUUGGGUGUUGGGAUUCAUAGAAGUUAUUCCUUAUGUUGUUUUAUUGUUAGAAUUGUCUUGUUAUCGGUCCAACAUAAUUAACCACUUCUUCUGUGAUUUGGUACCAAUUGUAAAAUUAACUUGCAGUGACACUUCUGUUUUGGACAUAGUCAUUCUUAUUGAAGGACUGUUGCUUUUGAGUCUAAUUCCAUUCCUUCUAACCUUCAUCUCUUACAUUUUUAUUAUUGUCACUAUAUUGAAGAUCCGCUCCAGCACAGGUAGACGUAAAGCUUUUUACACGUGUUCUUCACACCUCACGGUUGUUCUCCUUCUAUAUGUGACACUUGUCUGCCAAUACCUGAGACCCACUUCAUCCGAGUCUUUGAAUUCCAACAAACUUUUCUCUCUGUUUAACACAGCGGCUGUCCCAAUGCUCAAUCCUUUGAUUUACAGUUUGAAAAACAAAGAUGUGAAAUCGUCAUUAAGACGAAGGCUUAAAGCUUGUAAAUGUAUUGCUUAA